AACCAGUCCGCCGUGCCAGUCUGAGUGUUGUGUCUGCACGGUCUGCACAGGUCUCGUCUGGUCCAGCUAGCAUUAGCUGACUGACCUGCUUGGCUCAGAAGCAGGAAGGAUUUCACGGAUAACAAUGUUUUAUUUUUAGGCCUGAUAACGUUAAAAACAAAACGCCGGAUGUAAAACAGAAAGACACAACGGGAACGGCAAGCCGUCAAUGCAAAGAAAGAGGAUCCAUGGCAAAGUGGCUAAAGGACUACCUAAACCUUGGCACCAGGCGUGACCCCCCACAGCCCCCGAGGCCAGAUUACAGUGAGAGUGAGAUUUUGAGGGCCUACAGAGCUCAGAAGGAACUAGAUUUCGAGGACCCUUAUCAACACUCUGAUAAGGAGCAUCAGAAUGGUGGUUUCAGCCCCUGUAGUGCCACAGUGAGCCUUCCCUCUUUCCCUGAAUUUGGUUCAGUGCUGCCUAAUGGUGUGGAGGUAAAAGUGUUGUCUCCAAAGCACAGACUUAUUAAAGUGGACUCUCAGGAGUUUGGCUGCUGUAAAGUUCCCCUGAGUCCUGUGACUGUCCAAGAGGAACCUGUGGUUCCCUCUGCCCCAGCAGCGUUGGACGCUGACACAGACUACUCUGAUCCAUUUGAUGUCCGUCCAAACCCAAUAGGCAGACCAAACUGGGAGCCCAAAUCUGCACCUACAGACUGCUGCAGCUACAUGGAGCCAUUUGAGGCCCAGCGGAUUAUCUCAGAGCUGCAGCACAGCAUGAUGACUAACCGGUCUGGGAGUGGAAAUGGUGGCCAAUUAUACGAUAACCCAUAUGAGGAAAGGGUUCGCCACCACCACCGAGCUGCUCCAGCAGCACAACAACUAAUUCAGAGGGUUGAGGGUGGACUUGCCCAGACAGACAGCAGGGAGAGCAGGCUGCCUCAGGAUGAUGAGAGGCCAGCUGAUGAAUAUGACCAGCCCUGGGAAUGGAAGAAGGACAACAUCUCUAAAGCUCUAGCAGUUCAGUUUGAAGGGGCAGAAAGGGAGCGCUCGCGUGCCCAGACGGAGCAGACCAGGCUCACCAAGACUGGCACUACAUCUACCAUAGCUGACUCAACUACACUCCGUCUGGCUGGUGACACUCUUCCUCUCCUUGGAGAGAGAGUGGAUCCAUUUAUUCCACUGGAGAGACAAGUGUGGUACCAUGGAGCCCUGAGCCGCUCGGAGGCAGAGAGUCUACUGACUCUGUGCAAGGAGAGCUCCUACCUGGUGAGGAACAGCCAGACCUGCCGGAACAACUACUCGCUCUCGCUCAGGAGCUGUAAGGGCUUCAUGCACAUGAAGUUCACUCAGUCUGCAGAUGGGCGUUACGUGCUCGGGGAGAACAGCCCUCCCUUCUCCACCAUCCCCGAGGUCAUCCACUACUACACCACACACAAGCUGCCUAUCAGAGGAGCUGAACAUAUGUCCCUACUGUAUCCUGUCAUAGUGCAGACCCUCUGACACUGACACCCUUGCAUACUCUUUCUCCUAGUGCUACUGAAUACAAUAUAUACUCAAUAUUUACCUAUUUCCUUCCUAUUUUCCUACAUGCCUUUUCAUCGCCAUUCUACCUGCACUGCCCACAAGAGAUUGGACUAUUUGGUGCUAUCUUUUCCAUUUACCAUAACCCCAGUAACUACGCUGGCAUCUUAAUAAGAGAGCUCAGUGCCUCAUGAGUAUUUGCCUGUGAACUGGUGUUGUCACUGAAAUCCCCUUAUUUUAAUACCACUGAAAAUCAGCAAUCAUUGAUAUAAUGAUUGGUAGCUGAGUACAUUUAGAUCAAAGAUUUAAAAAAAAAAAAAAAAAAAAAAAAAAAGACAAACUCAUGUCUUGAGACAGUAGAAUCUACAGAAUAUUGCAUGGAGAUUUUUCUCUUUUACUGUCGAGCAAAGAUAUACUGUGCUGCCAGGUCACUUAAAGGAUAAUAGUGGUGUUUUCUCUUGGUCUAUGCCAAUCAUCUAGGUUUUGUUUUCAGCCAAGGCAGCAAGUAUUUUAAGGUAAACAAAGUUAUGGAUAUAGGCAUCAGGAUUUAAACUAGAUAUUGACAGUAGAAAAUGCUGUUAAAAAAACAGUUACUGUCCUUUACGUUUUAGUUACAAUAUCAACCAAACAAUACAUAUUUAACCCUGGCCUGUGAAUGUUAUAUAACUGCGUGCCCUGCAGUGUUCUCCUGAGUUCAUGAUAUGUUUGAACAGUACAAAGCGACACUAUAAUGUCCGGCAGACAUGGCUUGCUAACUUCACACAGUAGCAGAAUCCUGCAAAACUAGUUUAUAGAAUAAUUACUACAGUAUUAUAUUGAAAGCUUGUGGCUUUGUGAUUAUGACUAUUAAAGGAGCUUUGGUAGAUUAUUUACUGUGCUGUUUUAUACGAUUUUGAAAUGUCUGUUGAAAAUAAAGGUGUUGUCUGUUUUUAAA